AUUGCGCUAUAAGAGUUUGGAUGGUUCUAAUAGUGCGGGUAGUCGUUGGGAUUGUCUGAGGCAGAAUGGAGCACCACUCAGCCACUUUGCCGUCGUUGCUGCUGCUGCUACUCACCUGUUUGGCAGGGUUUUCUACCAGUGAAACAGGAGAUGGUGGAACCGGAGAGGAAACCUCAUACGGGCCAUCCUCAGUGGAGAUCGAUGGGGUCAACGUGGUGACAGUGGGAAUCCCGUAUUUUUUUGAGUGCACGGCCAAUUGCUUCCCGGUCUGCAAGUACAGCUGGACCAGGGGUAAUGUGACCACCCAGGGGACACUGCUGAGCCUGCAGCUCCUGCACACGAUGCCAACAGAAACCAUUACCUGCACGGUGGUCAACCUGGAGACGGGGAGGUCAGCAUCGGCCCAAAAGACGAUGCAAGUGACGGCCGGGCCAUCGAAUAUACAGAUCAGCGGUCCCACCUUUCUGACUGCCGGAGCCGAGUCCAGCUUUAGCUGCUCGGCCAGCUGUUACCCGUCCUGCAGCUACACCUGGGUUGUUUCCUGGAAUGGGCAGGUGCUCAGUACUCAUGAAGGCGACAGCCUUUCUUUGAGUCCAUACACCAGCACCGUCAUCGCUGAAACGCUGAUGUGUGAGGCUCAAGACACCGUCUCGCAUCUGUUCAUCUCUACGACUCUGACGCUGCCGGUGGCAAGUAUCUCCAGCAUUAGCAUCGAGAGUCCCGGCACAGUGACCAUGGGGCAGACAUACUCAUUCACUUGCUUCGCAGCGUGCAUCCCAACCUGCAGCUUUACCUGGGAGUACAUGGGGAAGACCUUCCAGGGUGACCGGACAGAAAUACCCAUCUUGCAUCAGGGGGAAAAGAGAAAGUUUGCCAGUCACUUUGACAUCACUUUCAGCGACUAUUCAAAAAUCGAGCCUCUCACAUGUGUGGCAACAAACUCGAUAUCUGGCGCCAGUAUCAACUCCACGGUGGACCUAACUGUCAUCGACCCGAUUUCGGUGCGUGCCACCUCUGGGGCCCUGCCAGUUGCCGGCAAGUCCUUCUCCUUGCAGUGUGUUGGCUCUCAGAACCCAGCCUCCAUCACGUGGCUGAAGAACAAAGAGCCAAUGUCAGCCUCCCAGACGGUGCAUUUCACCCCUGACAACGUCACGAUGACCUUCAGCCCUCUGCUGCAAGCGGACGACGGUUCAUACCAGUGUGUGGUGGCACAGGGGCCCGUCAUCCAGUCCUCUGUCUACGAGAUGCAAGUCAACUACGGGCCGUCCUCCGUGGUGAUCAGCGGGGUCGACAUAAUGACCCUGGGAAUGCCGUAUGAGUUUCAGUGCUCAGCCAGCUGCUACCCUGCGUGCGAGUUCACCUGGAGCUGGGGUAAGGAGACCUUUCGGGGCCCCAAGCUGAGCUUGCAGCUGGUGGAACCAGAGCAGACACAGACCCUGACCUGCACGGCACUCAACCCCACUACGGAAGCAUCAGCCGCCGCCCAGAAGACGCUGAAAGUCAUUGAUGGACCAACAAACAUACACAUCAGCGGCCCAGCCUUCCUGACUGCAGGAGUAGAAUCCAACUUCACCUGCUCGGCCGACUGCCACCCCUCCUGCAACUUCUCGUGGGUGGUUACCGCGGAUGCGCAGCCGCCCAUCACCGCACAAGGCAGCACAAUCUCCGUCGAUCUGUCCGCUAGCGCUUUCCUCAGAGAUGUCAGUUUGGAGUGUAAGGCUCAGGAAACCGUCUCACAUCUCUACAUUGACAAAACCCUGCAGCUGCAAUUGGCGAGUUUAUCCAACAUUAACAUCAACGGAGACAGCGCAGUGGCAAUAGGAAGCGAUUACACGUACAGGUGCGUCGCCGCGUGCACGCCGUCCUGUGAGUUCACUUGGAGGUUCAUGGGGGAGACCUUUGAGAGCGAUCGGCUGGAUCUCACUAUUAGUGACUACUCCAAUAUUGAGCCUCUCACCUGUGAGGCCAAGAACACUUUAUCUAACAUCACCAUCACCGCCACUAUGAACCUCACUGUCACUGACCCGUUCUCGGUACGGGCCUCCUCCCAAGCCCCGCCGGUUGCAGGCCGGCCCUUCUCUCUGCUGUGUGUUGGCCCUCAGGAACCCAACUCCAUCACAUGGCUCAAGGAUCAACAUCAAGUGCUAGCGUCGGAUAGGGUGCAAUUCUCCCCUGACAACACCACCAUCACAUUCAGUUUUCUCUCGCGAGACGAUGACGGCUUAUACCAGUGUCUGGUGGUGGAGGGGGAGAACCGCACCAUCCACGACAACACGCUGGUGGUGGUGGUUGAGGGGGGGGUCCCCACUCUGUCUGUGGGCUACCUGAUGAAAGUGAACUACGGCCCAAACGAGGUGCUCAUUAAGGAAGCCAACAAAAGGCCGGUGGGUCAGGUGAUGUUGGUUCAGCCCGGAUCCACAACAGAACUGCAAUGUUUGAGCCAAUGCUUCCCUGUGUGCCUUAUCACCUGGUUUUACCAAGGAACGGCUCUGUCUACCAACGCCUCCAUCUCCUUUACACCUGUGAUACCUCCGUACGCGGCAGCCCUCUCCUGCGUUGCAUCCAACCCAGUGACGGGGCAAAACGGAUCCGCCAUGACCACGGUGGAGGUGCCCGACGGGCCGACGAACGUGAUCAUCGCCGGACCAGCGGCUCUUGAAAUCGGGGUCACAGCGAGCUUCACUUGCUCAGCAGAGUGCUUUCCUUCCUGCACCUUCACAUGGACCUUAUACGGGCAGACGAUGACGGGCGCCGUGAUCGACAUCACCGUGAACCGCCACGUGUCCGAAGAGUCCAUCAGCUGCCAGGCUGAGAACACAUUCACCGGGGAGACGGCCACGGCCAACGAGACGCUCAGUGUCUCAGAUCCUCACUGGUGCGGAUGUUGAAACGCAAGAAGAACCGCACUCAUUCUUCAAGUGCCUUUUUUUCCGAUCUGCUUCGUGCUCAGCAGUAAUGUUCUUAUUAAUACGACAUACUGUGGCCUGACGGGUGUAUUUGCUUAGGCAUUGUGUAACGGCACUGUGACGGACAGUAGGGCGUCUCCCCAACAGGUUCCAACCUCUCGGUGACCCAAACUAGAUUGGUCAGCUAUGAGGAUGGAUGUUGUGUGCUUGAGGUAUAGCGUUUGGUGAUUUCAAUUACACAAAGCUUUUCUUAUUUUCCUUCACGAUGCGUAACCAUUUUUCUUGCCACACAGUGCAGUGCAGUGUUGUUACUCAAUAAACAAUGAACUUCUGUUCCUUUUCUGA